ACGCCGACAACCGACCAGAUUUCCUCCGCCGGACACAUCACCAAUCCAAAAUGGGUCGUCUUCACAGCAAGGGCAAGGGCAUUGCCUCCUCCGCCAUCCCCUACUCCCGCACCACCCCCGCGUGGCUCAAGACCACCCCCGACCAGGUUGUCGACCACAUCUGCAAGCUGGCCAAGAAGGGUGCCACCCCUUCCCAGAUCGGUGUUGUCCUCCGUGACUCCCACGGUAUUGCCCAGGUCAACAUUGUCACUGGUAACAAGAUCCUCCGUAUCUUGAAGUCCAACGGCCUCGCUCCCGAACUCCCCGAGGACCUCUACUUCCUGAUCAAGAAGGCCGUCGCUGUCCGCAAGCACCUUGAGCGUAACCGCAAGGACAAGGACUCCAAGUUCCGCCUGAUUCUGAUCGAGUCCCGCAUCCACCGUCUGUCCCGUUACUACAAGACCGUCGGUGUCCUGCCCCCCACCUGGCGCUACGAGAGCGCCACUGCCUCCACCCUUGUCGCAUAAGCGCAUUUCGGGAGGAUGAGUGGUUGACGGAGGGAACCCAUCGGAUCGUCGUGAUCGUCGUAUCUAGAGGGUCUAUCUUCUGCUAGGUACAACAAAAAAGAUUACGAUUAUUUGAUACC